AUUUUGAGAAAUUUGAGAAAUUAGUACCAAUAAAUAUAUUUUGUUUAAAAUAUUAUACAUUUUAUGGAUUAUACUUUUGUCAGUUUCAAAGUUGAUUCAAUGAAAAGAUUGAGAUCAUAAUUACAAUAAAUGAUAUUGGAUCCCUCUAUAGUUUAUUAAUAUAACUAAUUUUAAAAAGAGGAGAUCAUUAAAAGAAACAUUGUUAGGCAAUAUAGCUUUCUAAUUACAUUUCCUCACCGUUGAUUCUUCGGAAAGAGGAAUUUUGGGAUGUUGAUGAUCUAUAUUUACUGAUUUCGGAGAGCAUUUUAAUCACAGACACAUAUGUAUAUGCUUAACUAUUUACCUCGAGAACAGAGAUCAUCUCUACUGAUUGGAAAUAAUGACGCCUUUUGUUGCUAUCAUUUAAAAGAUUGCAUAAACCUUUACAAAAAUAUCACAAAAUCCAGUUGUGAAUAGCAAAUAACCCUAAUUGGAUUAUAAUUCAACCUGUAAAUGUCAGAAUAAAACAAAAACAAACAAACAACAACAACACUCAAACAACUCAUGCUGUUAUGGAGAUUCACGAAGGUCGUCGGUUAACUCUCAAGUGUAAAGUUCAAGGUGAAACAAAUCCACAAAUUAAAUGGUUUAAAGAUAAUAAGCCAAUCGACAUGUCAUUGUAUCCAAAUAUUAAAAUUACAUCAUCCACAAAACAUUCAGAAUUACGAAUUGAACAGGUUAUAUCAAGUGAUAGUGGGAAUUAUUCAUGUCGUGGAGAAAGUCAACAAAGUCAGAUCAGUAAAUGGGUAUUUGUCUCAGUUUAUUCAGCUUGUCCAGUGAAUGUUUGCAAUGUAGGCACAUGUUUUAUUAUUAAUAACAAUAACACACUUUGUAGAUGCCCUAAAAGUUACACCGGUGAACACUGUGAUCAACUUGUAUCCAACGAUAAAAUAACCAACAAACUCCUUAUGAAUACUCAACCAAUAAAACAAAGCAUCAACAGUUUACAAUCUGAUUCCAAGUUGUCUGUAUCCUCAUCAUCACCGCCGCUGCCGCUACCGCCGUCUACUAGUACAACACUAACCAACGGGUUACCAACAAUCAGCAGUGAGAAUAAUCAUCCACGUCAAAAUAUUCAACUGUUAAAUGAAAUGAAACGUGAAAAAUUUGAUUUAUGCACUUUACCUGAAUUUCAAUUUACAACAGACUGUAUGCCCGUCAAAAGUCAUUUAACAACUUUCAUAGGCACUGCAAUCACAUGCUCUGUAUUAAUAUUACUGCUGACAUUCUGUGCUGCUUAUAUCAGAAGGCGACGAAUAAUUAGUAGAGGAAAACAAGAUCGUCAACAUUUGUCAAAAGUUCAACACUCUGAAUCUGGAAAUGUCAUUGUUGAAACACCCGAGGAUAAAUGCCACCUGUCAACAUUAAAUCCCAAUGAUUUAUAUCUCAAAAAUGGACCAUUACAAUUAAGUCAACUCAAAUCUUUAUCUUUCGAAGGUGUAUUAUAUACGGAAUUAGUGGAUAAUAAUAAUAAUAAUAACAAUAAAACUACUACUAAUAAUAAUGAUAAUAGUAAUAAAGAGUUUAAAUCAUUCGAUAAAUCUUAUCCCAAAUGUACACUUACUCCGCAUUACAAUAUAAAUAGAAACAGUCCAAACACCUUAUUACAACAAGCAAAUCAAUGUCAUACAGUGAAUUCAUUGCACAGACAACAUUCAAUAAACUGUCACGUCUCACCGACAACUUGCUCAAAUACUGCAUAUGUUGUUUGGACAAGUAAUACUAAUCCACCAGAGAUAUUACAACAACAAACUAGUCAAGACAUUAGUAUGCAACCGUUAGGCAAAGUAUUGAUACAUACAGACAGCCAGGGACAACAACUCCAACACGCUGAAUGCUCAAAUGAUCCAUUGCCACCAGCUUCAACAAUGACGAGGAAUUUUCAACAGUCAGUUAGUUCAUCAUUACAGCCUUUAUCUUCAAAUAAUAUUCUACUGAAUAGUGUAUCUUUAAUAAAUCAAAAUAAUUUCGGAACACUUUUAUCAUCAACAACAAAUGAUAGUGUCACAUCAACGCUGUUAUCAUCUGGAUCGAAAUUAUGCAGCCCAGUGAUUGCUCAAACGACAGAUGUAGUUAGUAAGGUGCAUCCAGAGAGCAAUAUCACAACGAUAAACAACAAUCCCUUAGAAGUUUCCCUACUUCAAGGAAGCCCAAUAUUCAGGACACACAAUUCAAAAGACACCACACUGCCAUAUGCUUUUUGUACAAAUAUAGCGUAUAACAGUUCACCAAUGACAGAUUCAAUGACAUCAAAUCUAUCGCAUUUAAGUAGUAGUGAAAAUUAUGUAACACAUUUUAUUACACCAGAUACAAUAAUAUCAACGGUUAAUACAGAUGAACUACAACAACAACAACAGCAACACCAUCCCCUGAGUAAAUCUGUUGAUCAACAGCACACAGCAAAUUCCUUAUCACCGACAUCAUCAAAUUCUCCACAGACUUGUAUUAUCCUUGAUCCAGAUAGCUUGAAAUUUAGUUCAAAACUUGUUUAUUUCUGUUCAUCGAAUGCAAAUUUUGAAAGUAAAUGAUCGUUUUUUUUUCUUGUCAAGAUCACAACACACACACUUACACACCCUAUUACGUUCUCCUCUAUGUAUUGUACAUUCCAUUUUUUGGACGAACCUCUUGGAUACAUGAAAAUGGAUUAAAGUGGAAUGAAAAUUUCAGAACAUGUUGUACUUUACAGGCAACCGAUGAAUGAGUUACUUUACGCUAAGACUAGAACAAAGCAAAUCAUAUAUAUGCUGUAAUCGUUUCUCAGAUAAGUCAACUGGUACACCACUUCACUGUGUAUAUACUGCCCCAACUAGGAAUUAUAACAAAAAUAUAAAACGAAGUUCCAACCUACUAAUACAACCAAUCAAGGAAUUUGCCAGUGUAUGCUUCAGCCCGGCAGAAAAGCUUACUCGUUGCAUUUGAACGACUGUAUCGUUUUGGAGAGUUAUAAUUUUGCAAACAAAAAAUCACAAAAAUUGGAUGAUCAUAGGAUCAAGAUAAUGGCUUGAAGUGCUUAUUUUGCUUAUGUGAAAAUUUGUUCUGCCUGUCUAUAAUUAUAUUUUUUGCAUUUCAUUUGUGUACAAAAAUAACUUUUUACACAUUAUUACACAGUUUUGAAGCGUACACUUUCAUGGAAUUUUCACCUUUUUUCGGACGAAUUAUAACAGACACACUUAUUGUGAGAGACGUGAAGGCUAUAAUAAUCAUUUUUUUAUAUGAAUCAUAUUUUUUGGUAUGUAUGUGUACAUUAAGUUUGUCAAACAAAAUUAAAACUGGUUAUGGUUAUUUUAAGUUAACAGGUGAAGAUUAGUAAUACAAGUCGAGAAAAUUGGGUGUUAAUGAAACUUGGGUAGUACCAAAGGUGAUGAGUUGUCACAAACAGUUGUUAAAAGAAGUUAUGUAAUAAUAAUAUGAAUAGUUUGAUGAUUGAGUUUUACUCAGGAU